UAUGACGAGGGUUUUUGAAGUGAUUAAUGAGAAAAGAGAGUGGAGAGAAAUGGCGACGACAGCCGCAGCGCGCACGCUUCUGUCAAGACCCGUAACCUUCGUAACGGGGAAUGCCAAGAAGCUUGAGGAAGUCCGGGCCAUCUUAGGUCAUUCCAUUCCCUUUUCCUCUCUCAAGCUCGACCUGCCAGAACUGCAAGGGGAGCCUGAAGAGAUUUCUAGAGAGAAGGCCCGUUUGGCUGCAAAAGAGGUAAAUGGACCUGUGCUCGUUGAAGAUACUUGCCUCUGUUUUAAUGCUCUUAAUGGUCUCCCAGGACCUUACAUCAAGUGGUUUCUGGAGAAGAUUGGUCAUGAAGGUCUGAACAAUCUACUGAAGGCUUAUGACGAUAAAUCAGCUUAUGCACUGUGUGUAUUUUCUCUUGCUCUUGGGCCUGAUGUGGAACCCAUAACAUUUGUCGGAAAAACUCAGGGGAAGAUAGUACCUCGGAGGGGGCCGGCGGAUUUCGGAUGGGAUCCCAUCUUUCAGCCUGAUGGCUACCAGGAGACCUACGCUGAGAUGCCAAAGGAAGAAAAGAACAAGAUUUCGCACCGAUCCAAAGCUCUCGCCAUGGUGAAAUCUCACUUUGCCACGGCUGAUUAUACCUUUCAUGAAGAUUAAUCCAAUUUGGGAGCUCACUCUGCAAAAGACCCAAAGUCCUCCCUAAACCAGCUGAUGAUUUGAACCGCUUCUGCAUGCCAUCGUUUAGCACCAGAUUAAUGCUCUCUCAAGGUUUGUUUUCCUAAUAUACCUAUCUAGGAAUAUCCUUCAAAAUAUUUUAAAAAAUAUAUAUACUUGUCUAGGAAUGCAAUCACAAAGCAUUCUUUUUAAAAACCUAAUUUGAAGGGUUGGAACAGAAAAACAAAAGGUUCUCUUAA